AUGAACUAUCCAAGAAAUGAAUCAAAUAUAUCUCAAAUCAAUCCCAGUCAUCUCAAUGCUGGAGCUAUGAACUCUCAUAUCGGAAAUUCAGCAGUGAUGGGAGGUGGGUAUACGGGCUUAAAUAAGAAGAAUAUCGGCCAAGAUAGACAACUCAAGUAAUUUAGAUCAGAUUAUAUAAAAGGUACAUAAGUCACGAAGGACUUUCAACUUAUUGCUGAUCCUAUUUAAUAAAAAAACAACACCAACAAUACAGGUCCUAAUAUUGGCAUCAAUGGAAUUGGAAUGAUGAGCGUGAGCGGUUACAGUGUUGGUAAUAAUCAGACCUAGCAUCCAUAAUCAGCUCAGAAGCAAGCAAUAAAGCCAAAUCCACUUGCAAGCCAAUCACAUCCUAAUACUGCUAAUUUCUAGGAAGGCACUAGCUAAAUUUCUCAAUCUACUUAGGGAGUUUCGUAACUGACUAGCAAUCAUGGUACUAGCAGACAAGCUUUAGAGAAUUACUACUCUAACGUCGGUAAGACAAUUAACUAAAAUAAUGGUUAAGAAGGAUUAUAAUAGCAGCAGCAGUAGCCAUUGUAAUAUUAGAGUAAUCGUAGUGUUGCUGCCAAGGCAGGAUAGAUGCAAAUUUUCAACAAUGACAUCUCAACUAAAUUCCAGAACAAUCCUUUAGGAUCCACAAAGAAUGUUUCAUAAAUUCAAUCUUAGAUGAUUGGAGGAAACACAGCAGCAGGAAGGAAAUUUGUAAGCCCUCCUCAAAGUCACUAUGGAAAGUUUUAGUAGCAAAUGAAUUCUUAAUAAAGUGAUAGCAAUAUUGAAUUUUAGCCAAUGAAAAUGAAGAACAAUACUGGUACUAUCAACAAUCCUAAAUAUGUUGAUUAUGUAAAUCGAUUCUAAAUGGAGCAAGAUAUGGCUUAAUUAAGUAAGGGCCACUAUGGCAAGUCUCAGGAUGAAAAUCAAAGUGAUUACUUGAAUCAGUAUCAGAUAUCACAAUAAGAUGAUGCGACAGCUCUCGACGGUGGAUAUUCAGUUUAGCAAUACAAUUAGAAUUCUAUUUUCCAACCACCAUAAGAGGCUACUAAUUUCAAGUAGAAUCUAAAUAUGAUUAAAUCUUAAGUUUAAAAGUAACAGUCACAGAAUACUCCCCUUAGUAAUUUAAACAUAAGUGGUGAGUAGAUGCAUAUUGAUUCAAAAGGAUUAAGCAGAAAAAUAACUAUCGCUAAUUCAGGUAUACAGGGUAAUAUUAGUGAUAUAACAAAUAGAAGCAACUAAUUAUCUUAAAAGAGUCAAGACCUUACUGUUCAAGCAAAAAGCUUUGCUAAGUAGGCAAUGAAACUAAAUGGUUAACAGAAUGAUGACAGUUAUCUAUAAGAAUAUAAAAUGCCUCAGUCAGUUCUCUAUGAUUAUGUGUUUAUUUAGCUCUCUCAUGAUACUUUUUACAGGGAUUAUGCUGAGAAAUAAAUAUUUAUUAAGGACGGAACAUUAACUAGUUCUCCAUCUUAGUUAUCUCUGAAGGAAAAAAGAAUGUCUUCUUUGACGACAUAGAAUAAUAGUCCUUCAAAGAAAUAGUCUUUGAACAAUAACUAAGCACAAUAAUAAACACAGAGAUAUAAGAAUAUGAGAGGAUCUUAAGACUUUGGCUAGCCAGGAACUAACAAGGAUGGUAGCUACUUCUCACCAGAAACAAAUAAAUCUAUGAAUAGCAAUGGUGUAGAAGAUCUAAUUUAAAUUACAAACGUCAAUGAUACUAGCAAAUAUAACUUUAUUAACCACAAUUAAUCACCCUCUAUACAUUUCACACUCCUCUCUACUUAAAAUGAUAAUGUAAAGAUUAUUUUGAAUCCAAAUCCUGAAGACGCAUAAUGCUAGCAGUUACUGUUUGAAUAUUGUUCAGACAUAAUGAGAAAUGUCUCAGAAAAAGGAAGAAAACUCAAAGUAUCAUCUAAAAAGCAAUAUCUUAAUGAGGGUCUCAAAGAUAAUGGGAGAAAAGUUGCCACAACUUUUAUAAUUGUAGUAGGUCUUAAUCAAAAUUUAGAGAAUUAAUAAAAAGAGACAAUUAAGGAUAGAGAUGAUAGCAAUGAUAGUAAUCUUAGUGAGUUUAGCAAGACAAUGACAAAUAUUUAAAAGAAUAUCUCCUAAUAAAUGAAUAAACAAGAUAAUCGUAAGUUUGUUCCAACGGGUCUAAAGUAAAAGGACAUCAAACCAGUGAGACUUAGAAACAACUCAACUAUCAAUUCUAAGGGAGCCGAGUAUGAAUCUGAGAAUGAAACUAGAUCAAUGAACUCAACAACAACAUCAUCAACUAACAUGCAUUUUAUCUCAAAUCAAACUAGAAAUCAUCUUAAAAAUGACUCUAUGGCUUAAGGAACAGAAAAGAAUAGUGCUAGAUCUAUGAGUUAAAAAGGUACUGGCUCAUAACCAAGAAGACUUUAAUCUAAAGCAUAGACAAUGGAGGAUUCCCAAAUUAGCCAAAUAUAAGCAAUGACAAUAUAACUUACACAACAAAACACGAAAUACGGGCCUACUAAGAUCAAAAUUUUGUAAAAUUGGGAAGACUAUGCUCAUCAUAAAGAUCACAGAAUUAACUAGUCCUUAAAUAAUUACAAUUUGCUUCUUCAAUUGCUAUUUAGGACGAAAAAUAAAAUCAAUAUUCCAGCUACACUCUAGCUUUCAAGAUAGAUGGGAAUGUCGUAAAUUCUCAAUAAACAAUCCUUCGGUCCUGAUGGCUAUCUAAAAGGAGGAAGAGAAUAGGCGAACAUGAUUAAAGAAAAGCUGAUAGCUUAUCUUUGUAAAAUAAUGUAGGAAGAAAAUGUAUCCUCGUCUGGGGAUGUAGGAGCAUGUGAAGAAUAAAUAAAUCAGCCACAACAGCAAUACAAAUGUUUCGUUGGUAAAGGAAACAAUUCUAUUCUUAUUAGAACAUUAUUCAAGACCAGAUAUUGGUGGUUAUUGCAUGAUAAAGAAGAAAUUGAAAAGGUGAAUUUUAUGUGGACUCAAUUAAGGAAAAAUGUCAUAAUGGAUUAGCUCACCUGCAAAUUCGAAGAUAAGAAAUCAAAUUUGAGAUUGGCUGGUAAUGGAGGACAGAGUAGUAUUAGCUCUACCUCUACACUAAUGUAAACACCAACCAUGUCUAGUGGCAAGAUGAAAAAGAAAAGAAAGAAUCAACUUUAAUCGUCAACUUAGUCACUAGAGAGUUCUGGCGAUAAGAAAGAUAUUCAAAUCAUCCAAGCCACAACUGAAAAGUAAGCAGCAGUAGGUAAAGAAAUUUAGCCAACCUAGUAAAAUUAAUCAAACUAACUUUUAGUAAAAUUAUACAAUAAGCUUGAGGAUAAUUUCCAUCUAAGUAAUAAAAAGGCUAUGUUUCUUAACAUGAGAAUAUAUUAUGAGGCUAUGGGAAAAGAUGUCUUCUCUGCACUCCCUGUCACAUUCCAUAUAAAAGAAGGUCUAGAAGAUCCAGAGUUCAUAAGAUUCAAAUCAUUUUAUUACAAAGAAGAGGAAGAAGUAAAGAAAUAAAAACAACAAAAAAUUGAGAAUCAAGGUCAGGUGAUUGAUGAAAGACAAUCAGUAAAAAAGAAUAUUUGGAUCAUUAAACCUGGUGAAAACACUAAUAGAGGUAACGGCAUCAUGGUCUCCAAAGAUUAUGAGGAAAUCAAGAGCAUUAUCUUAGAGUCGACUGCUAAUAAAAAAAGAACUUGCAUUGUCUAAAAAUACAUUCAUAACCCCUUGUUGAUUAACAAGCGAAAGUUUGACAUUAGGCUUUAUGCAUUUAUGUCCUCAAUUAAUGGAAACUUAAAGGGAUACUUCUACUAGGAUGGCUAUCUCAGAACAUCCUGCAGAGAGUUCACUCUCUAGAAUCUCAGCAAUAGAAUGAUCCAUCUUACGAAUGAUGCUGUACAAAAGAAGGCGGAAGAUUAUGGAAAAUAUGAGGCAGGUAAUAAACUUAGCUACACUGAUUUCCAAAACUAUCUUGAUAAAAAUUUUGCUGAUCUUAGUAUAUGCUUUGAGAGAGAUCUUUUGCCAUAGAUGAAAAAACUUGUAACAGAUGCUUUCAGAGCAGUCUAUGAAAAAAUUGACCCUAAAAGAAGAAUAAACACGAUGGAGAUUUACGGUUUCGACUUUAUGUUUGAUGAAGAUUUCAAAGUAUAUAUUAUAGAGGUAAAUACAAAUCCUUGUUUGGAACUCGGAUGUCCACUUCUUGCCAGACUUAUUCCAGGAAUGGUUGAGAACUCCCUUAGAUUAGUAGUAGAUCCCUUGUUCCCACCUCCUGAAAACUGGAGUCAAAAGAAAUGUGUUGUAAAUGAUGUCUGUCCAGACAAUAAAUUCGAACUCAUUUUCGAUGAGAAAAUAGAUGGCCCAUAUCUCAAAGAACUAAUGAAGGAGAAAAACAACAUUAUCAUUGAAAUUGAUGAAGAAGAACUCAGCGAUUGCGAUGAAAGAGAUGAGGGCGAUAAUUGA